UCCUGUAAAACAGGUGUAAGAAGGGGGUGCUGGCGUCUGGUUAUAUACGGUGGAGUCUAGCCCACAAGCUUUCACUGCUUUCCAAUGGCGUUUACCAUCACAGUGGAAGAUGGCUUGCUGGACUGCGCAAUUUGCCAGAGUCUGCUUAAUGAGCCGGUGUCGACUCCUUGUGGACACAACUUCUGCAACUCCUGCAUUUCUACAUACUUGAGGCAAAGCAGAAGUUGCCCUACUUGCCGGAGCAUUAUCAGCCAUGACGUUCUACUGAAGAAGAACACCUCACUUGCUGAAAUGGUCGAAAGAGGGAGAAGACAUGAGCCUGAAAGACCUUGUUCUCCUUUUACCGGGUGGCUUGAAGAAGUGCCUUGUGACAUAUGUAGCAUAACAAAGCACAAAGCAGUGAAGUCCUGUCUGCAGUGUAUGGUCUCGUACUGUGAAUGCCACGUGGAGCCUCACCGUACAUCAGUGGGCCUACAGAGACACCUUCUGACUGAUGCCCUGCCUGGGCUGGAGGCCAUUAUCUGUCCUCAGCACAGCAAACUCCUGGACCUUUACUGUCGUGUUGACCAGAAGUGCAUUUGCCUUGGUUGUCUAGCAGACCAGCACAAAGGGCACAUUGUUCUUACAUGGGAGCAAGAAAGAAUAGAAAGGCAGAAAUACAUCAGAUGGAUAACGCAAGAGAAAGAAAAACAGGUACAUCAGUACAACCAUCCUGGGCAGUCAGCUUCUAUGGCGAAACAAGUCAAUGCCAGGACCUUCACCGACUUAACUGAAUUCAUAGAAAAGUGGAAAAGAGGAGUGGACACAAUGAUCAAUAGCAGAGAGAUACAAGUCCAUCAGAGGGCAGCGGGUGCAGUACAGAGGCUGCAAAGAGAGAUCAGUGAUCUAAGAGGGAUAGAUAAAAUGCUGGAGGGCCUUUCGGACACACAUAACUACCUCCAGCUACAGCAGUUCCCUACGAAUGUUCCCCUGCUGCCAACAGCGCGGUCCGUUUCAAUUCCCCGGGCUCCUGACCCACAUCAACCAAACUUCAACUCUCACAUCAGAGAGGUCAUGAGUUCCCUGCGGAAUGCAGUGAUGUCUGCAAUUGCUGCACAGUUUGAUAAUAUACAAGAUGCAGUGAAUAAAGACCUUCCCUUCCCAGAAUGAAUGAAGAAGACUCUAUAGAGGACUGAACAGGGACAAAGACUGGAAGGCUUUAGACUAGAUGGUGGAACAUCGCUGUGAGAAUUUGAUUGCAUCCAGAGCAUUAGUGAGGUCAGUUACUGACUGACUCAGUAGUUACUCUUGGGAGUAUAGCAGGGAUGUCUGCAAAUGUUUGGAGAUUUAAGUGUAUUUAAUGUCUUCCGUGUCCUCUGUUUGCACAUUUUAGCCAUAUUUACAUUAUAGCUCUAUGGGAUUAUUCUUAUACUUCAUUCAUUAUUCUUAUUGACAUCAAUGUAAUUGGGUUUGAUAUGUGAUUCUGUUCAAUUUAAUGUUCUUCAAGCUGAUUUUUAAACUAAUAUAGUUACACUGUUGGUAAUUAAUUCAAACAAUCGUGAAAGACACUCUUUUUCCUUGGUUUGCCAUUUUU